AUGUCAUAUGGUCGUGAACAAUCCUGCCCAGCAGCUCAAACUCGUCAUUCAAACGUGCAGUCCACAUCAACUAAAGCGCAUGGUGAAGACGUUGCAGUGAUUUGUGAGUCUGGAUUCCACAUUUCAAACCAAAACCACGGUUCUUACACCUGUUUGGACGGAAAAGGGGUUCCUCCUCUUCCUUUGUGUAUAAUGACUAAGAAGUGUCCUUUUCCUGAGAAACCAGUGAAUGGAUUGGUCUCUUCAACUGGAUUGCAAGGGGGAUCAAAGGCUUUUUUAUGUCUCUCACAAAGGAUAUGUCCUCUCAUGGAUGAAAGAACGCAAAUGCAUGAAAGAAACCUUGGAAGGAAGUGUCCCCAAUUGUUUGGAAAGACAUUGCACAAAGCUUCCAAGAACAGUAAAUGGACAUAUCUUACAUUCCCAUGGGAUAAGCGGUGCGCCGGUAUACCUUUCCUGCGAUCAGAAUUUUCAGAAAAGUAUCAGUUUCGUUAAAAAAUGCGCCCAGGUUUGGCAGCAUACUGCUCUGCGUUGUAAAGCAAAAACAAAACUGCAAACGGUCAGAAACACCCCUAUUAAGGCGACAGGAAGAUUUCAACGAUGGGUGAACUCACGACGUCAGAGCAGUCACAAGUUAAUAAGCAAGUUGAUCUGAUAUUCUAUUCCUCGAACCUCUACUAUUAAUAUUUAAAAAUGUAAAUACUUAACAUCUAACAAUUAUUAAAUGAAUAUAAUUAAUUUAGCUGUCAACACUAAUAAUACCAAUGUAAUCGUACACUGAUAUGGAUGGCAAAGGCCAUAUGCUCUAUAGCGCGCCAAAAUCAAUUGCGCGAACGAGCAUGGCUGACAUGGUACGUUUGUGUAUUGCACGACCAAACUAACAUCACACUCGAUUUCACCAGGUAGUCGCUAGAACUCUUGAUCCAAAGACAAAUUGAUACGCGUUCAAUGGUUCUUUGGACGGCCACCAAGAAUCGAAACCAACAACAGUUGCGUUCAACAAAUUGGUGGGAGACGUUCAAUAACUCAAGCUCGAAGAUGUUUACGGCAGCGAUGGAAAUCUCGCACCAAGACGAAGAAGUAUGUUGUUACAGUCUCGACAUUUUGAAUUUUAGCAAUGGCCCUAACGGAAAAAGCUAUUUGAUUUAAAAUCGAAGGACCAUUAUAUAUAUAUUUAUAUAUAUCACUCCACGUCACAUAAUAUUAUUAUUAUGGCCGACAUGAUUUGCCAUAAGGUUUAUGAAUUAUUAAUGAGUAUUUUAAGUAAUAUUACAACCAUGGCCAACGGCAACGUGUUGGUAAGUUGGUUUUUGACUUGAAAAUGUCUGCGAAUUGGUUAAGACUGUUUAUACUUUAUAUACAUUUAUUUUACAAUAGAAAUAUGCAUAUAUUGCUAUUUUUAUGUUUAUUCACUCUGUAAUCCAAAUCGGUUUCUGCAUUCUGUGUCCUUCUCAUACAUAUGCCAACCCCAAAUCCCGGCUGACGAGUAAAGGACGUGUAAAGGAACAAAUAAAUUGAUAUCCCUGAAAGUUGGAGAAUCUGUUUUCACUGACGACCAAGGUAUUGCAGAUAGCAUGAACUCGUAUUUUUCUUCUGUUUUUACAGUUGAAAAUUAUGAUAAUAUCCCAGUGCUUGACUAUAUUGUGGACGAGAGAUUAGAGAACAUCCGUUGUUCUGUUGACGAAGUAGGAAAGCUUCUUCUAAAUCUUAAGGUAGAGAAGUCCCCGGGACCUGACAAUAUCCCUGCACGUAUUCUAAAGGUAUGUGCAACAGAGCUGGCACCUUCAAUCUCACUUUUGCUAAAUAAGUCAUUCUCGAUGGGCAUGCUACCUAUAGAGUGGAAAACGGCCAACAUUACACCGAUUUUUAAAAAAGGUUCGAAGAAUAGUAGAGAAAACUAUCGUCAGAUAUCUCUUACAGGGAUUAUAUGCAAAAUAGGUGAGAAAGUUGUUCGAAGUAGAGUUCUCGAUUUCUGGUAUAGAAUGAAUAUUUUGAGUGAGAAUCAGUUUGCCUAUUUGAAAGGCAAGUCAACAGUAACACAACUACUAUCAACUGUUGAUGACUGGGUGAGAUCUAGAAACUCUGGCGUGCCCACUGAUGUUAUUUUUCUUGACCUCGCAAAGGCGUUCGAUAGUGUGCCGCACGAAAGAUUGAUUUUGAAGUUAAGAA